GAUCGACUGAUCAGCUGAUUUUGUUGAGAAUUCGCUUUUCAUCUUGCAUUCCCUAUGAAUGCCAGAAAUGUUCAGGUUAUCCCUGUGAAGCAAGAAAAGUAUAUUUUUAAGAUAUAUGAUGAAGAUACUUCAAAGUGUUAUUACAUUUUCUCAAUAUGGAAAGAUAAUAAUGAUGAUAUAAAUGUAAAAUUAAAAAUUUCAGAUUUAGUUAAUAUAUGGGAAGUUGAAAUAUCUAACUCAAAAGUGCAAGAAUUUGUUAACGAAUCUGGUUUAGCAUAUGAAAAUUAUGUGAAACUAUGUAAAAAUGCUUUAUUGGGAAAUAAAAAUAAUGAAUACAAAUAUAGGAUGAAGUCACAUAAUAAAGACUUAUUUCUACAAUGGAGCAAAUGUGUGGACAAUAAUAUGCAAUAUCAAUUAGGUUCCAUUGUGUUGUCUAACAGAAAGAUAAAUAACUCAAAAUUAUGUGAAAUAGAUAUAGCACAAGAAUUUAUUGAAAAUCUUAUACUUCAGUCUCAGGAGUUGACAAAUUAUAUAAAUAAAAUCACCUCUGACAAGCAACAUGGAUCUUUAAUAGAAAAUGAUAAUCAUUUAUACAUAAAAUUUGCAAUGAUAUUAAAUGAAAAGAAGAACAAAAUUCGUGAAUUGAAUGAUUUGUUGAAUCAUAAAAAUCAGUCAAGUAUAGCUAGCAACACAUCAAAAUUAAAACCAUCUAUUACAACUGUUCAUAAAGCGAAGAAACGUAUUAAAAAACCUAUAGCCAAGUUUGGUAGAGGUGUAAAUUAUGAUCCAUUAGAUGUUUCAGAUCAAAAUGACUAUGUUUUACCUAAAUUGCCAAUCAAAAAGCAUAAUAAAAAUAUGUUAAAAGCCAGCGAUAAUUCUGAAGAUGAAAAACCUCACGAAAGGGCACAUGAAUCUUAUAGUGAAUCAUCAAAUUCUAUUUAUUCGGAUAUAAAUCAUGACUCUAGUGAAGUGGAUUUAGUUUUAUCUAAUGAAAAUAUUCGCUUUGAGCCAAAUCAUAAAAAUUUUAACAUAAAAUCAACUAAGACAACACCUAAAUUAAGGACAGUAACACUUAAGUCUCCCAAAUGCAAACGUUCUACACCACUUAACAUUCAGAAAGACAGCAGCAAAGGUUCCCCUUUAAAUACAACUGAUAGUGAACAAACCCCUUCCAAAUCUUCAAAGAAACGUAAAAUUCCGUCUAUGCCCGUUAAAAGACUUAAAACAAAGUCAUUUCCUAAACACAAAAGUUCUACUUCUGGUAGCUUUCAGAAAGAUGAUGGUAAAAGUCCACAUACAAGUGAAAGUGACCAAACUAUUUCCACAUCUUUUAGGAAAUAUAUAACUCCUUCUGUCCCAAUUAAAAGACUUAAAAAAAAUUCAAACAAAAACAAACUUCUUUCAUCGACUGAUAAGAAAUCAAGCAAAGACAAAAAACUUCUUUCAUCCGCAGAUCAAUCUCAAGGGCUCUACACUGAUUUAGAUGAACUAAUCGGGUUGUAGAUGAAAGUAAUGACGGAUUAACAAAGCAGUGUACAAAACACAUUACGUCCUGAUAAAGAUGAUAUGCCUAUGCCUUGGAAUACUGGUAAAAGAAGAACUCAAAACGAUAUUUCUGUCAAUGUCAGCAUUGGUAUCCCCCUCUAAAAUAGAAUCAUGAACGACAAUGUUAACUCAACCAUAAAACGGUCGUAAAUAUUCUUAUAAAGGCCACGACAGAACUACUGCAUAUUUUUCCAUUAAUAAAGUUGAUG